GCCUUUGCUCACCAUUUUAAAAGAGCUUUACCUUGACUUUCGGUCAUAAAAAACAAAUUCCCAAACAGGGGACAGGGAGCUGCUAAAUUCUUUCUGAUUCAGAGAAAACUUUUGUCACAACCAACCAUAAAAGCAAUGACAGUCUCAGCCAUAUCUCUUACAAUGUGACGUUCAUGUGCAGCUCAUAUAAUGGGUGAAGUUGUGUUGAACUUUUUACAGUCACAUUUGAAUCUGCGUUCAAGAAGCAGCAUCUAAUUAAAGCUGGAUAUUUUUCCCUGCUAGGUCAAUCUAGCCCAGUAUGCAACAUUUUCUUGUUGGCAAUAAUAGACCCUAUCACUUGAUUUCUAAUAUUUCAAUCAAACAAGGAAAUUUCAUUAAUUUGAAAUUUCAGCAUUUUUAUAGACAACAAAAAAACUAAAAAGUGAACACCCUAAUCUGUUCUUUUUAAAUUUAUCUUUUAAGUUCUGCUGAUCUCAUGAACUCACUACAACAUCCUUCAUAUGAAACAAUUUCUAAAGACGAGAAUUUUAAAUUCAGCCCAUUAAAUGGAGGACUAAACGUUUUUGAAAAACAUAGGCCCAGUACUUUUGAUUUAAAUACAACUAUUAAAUUAUUUGCUGUUAUCGUUUAUCUCCGUUUUGUUUGUUCCCUUGAUGUUUAUUUUAGUUUUCGUGUCUCGUGUCCGUUUGGUUUUGUGAAAACGAGGUUAGUAAUUAGUUUUGGAAAAACAACAGGAAGGUUGGAGCAUUGCAACUUUUUAAUAUCAGGUUGCUAAUUCUGCUUUGAUAAAGGCAAGUUCUCAAGUCUAAUUCGGAAGUCUCUGCUUUUAGUUGUUCGGUAAUGUAAGGAAUUGCGCGCCAUUGGAAAUGAAAGGUAUGAAUCGCUCAUUUCCAGCCAUCAGAAGGCAGAUGUUCACCAACCGGAACCCAAAUUUUCGCUGGAAAGAGCAUAUAUAAAUUUGCGCUUUCGUUCCAAGAAAAGAUUCCGAUAGCAUGGCUACACUUUCGGUGCCUCAAAAUGAGGCAAACAAUGAAAUAAGACAUUUGCCCCAAACCAGCAAAUCGCCAAUAAGUGGGGAUUCCCUUAGCUUUGAAGUUGAUGAUCAGGACUCUGGGCCGAGAACCAAUGAUGUGCAUGCAUCGCUGCUACGCCGGCUGUCAUUGGUCGAGUUUCAUGCGACUAGAAGUGGGUUUGAGUUCCGCCGAAGACUGUGGUUUAAAGCAUUGAUAACGUUGACGUGUAUUACAAGUUUUACAUCUGUGUCCCUAAACACACCAUAUAACAUUAAAAGUCAGCCAAGACUCUUGAAGAUAACGUUUGGCCUAGAUCUUGCAGCUGUGCUUGUCCUGACUGCAGAAUGUUGCUUAAAAAUCACAGAAAAAGGCUUUUUUCGCCAAAAGAAGUCUUAUCUUCGCAGCCCAGGUCGUAUUUUUGAGUUUACGAUGGUGCUGUUUAUUUGGAUUUCGCUCAUUUUUCAUGCCCUAGAGAUGGCUGACGUGAUAAACCCCUUUAAAACGGAUUGGUACAAGAGUGUGUCUGGUUUGCGCUGUCCUAGGCCAUUGUUGCUGUUUAGAGUUGGCAAGAAUUUGCUUCAUGUUGGAAUUCCAAAAAGUGUUUCAAAAAAGCCUCUGAGACAAAUACGGAACGUUUUGUUAUUUGCCGGUUAUGCUAUGACACUAGCUGCAAUUAUAGGGGUGCAAAUAUUUGGCUCUUUAUCGGGGUACUGCGUCAAAAGCACUGUAAACACAGAGAAAGUUACUUACCAAGAUUUUAUGAUCCCAGCCUCCAGAUGCAAUGUCCAUUCUCAUGACUCAGGCUACAAAUGUCCAGAGGGUUUCGCUUGUAAGGAGUUCAAAGGCACUGGGUUUUACCACAUGAACACCUAUUUCAAGCAUACUGCCGUCGGAUUGCUUACUGUCUAUGAAGCUCAGUCGCAGGAGGGCUGGACCCGAGUCAUGUACGAUGCAAUGGACAGUCAAAAUGACUUAGCUGCGGUCGUCUACUUCUUAAUUCUCAUCAUCUUCAUUGCUUGGUUGGCAAAAAACAUUUUUAUUGCCAUAGUAACCGAAGUGUUUGCAGACUUGCGUAGCCAAGUUCACAGGUUUUACAGUACGCCAUCCAAGAACAUUACUAAAGAUUCCUCAAAGAUUUUUGUUCACCGCAAGACGGAUUCCGGAUUGCAACUCAUUCAGGGAGAUCAAUUCGAAAAAACCGACGUCAUCAGAUACACACUAAGGCGCAUUGUCAAGUCACGUGUGUUCCGCUAUUUCUUUUUGCUGUGUAUCGUUUGUGACGCCCUGCUUCAAGGAUAUUUGACAGACCAAGACCGCAUUUUCACACAGAUUGCAUUCACAUUGCUGUUUGAUCUCGAGGUUCUUCUCAAACUUAUUGGUUAUGGGCCUAAAGUAUACUUUAACUGUGUCCCCCAUCGUUUUGAGACUUUUUUGGCAGUUGGAAGCUCAGCAUUUCUUGCGCCACUUUGUUUGAGACGGGAAGGCUUGGAGACAUAUGCAUUGUUCAAAGUAUUGCGUCCUUUUCGCUUGAUUUUGGCGUCACCAAGUCUUGCAUCAUUUCUAAAGCGCAUUCUUGGAAGUGGCAAAAAAUUGGGAAGCUUGCUGUUGUUUACAAUGAUAUUUUUACUGGUGGCUGCCGGUGUGAGCUUGCAGUUGUUUUGUAACAUCAAAAUUACCGGCAAUCCUCUAACUGUCGAUGAUAUUUCCUUCAAAACGUUUCCAGCAGCAACUCGUGCUAUGUUUCAAGUUCUUAUGCAAGAAGCGUGGAAUGAUGUCCUGCAUACCAUGCUGGAAAAGGGAGGCCAAGAAUACGCAAUUUUGAUUUUCUUGUUUUUUAUUCUCUACCACGUGCUAGCAACGCUUAUUCUUAUUAGUGUUUUUGUAGCUUUGAUCUUGGAUAAUCUUGAGCUUGACGAAGAAGUCAAAAUUAUCAAGCAACACCAACUGCGUGAAGUCGCUGACUUGAACCAGAAAUUGCCUCUCAGACUGAGGGUAUUUGAGAACCUGAAAGCAAGGCCCAAAAUUGUCAAAAUGGAAAAGAUUGGCUGCAGUAUUCCAAAAGUAAGAGAGAGCUUCAUGACAAACUACUUGCAAGUUGAUUCAAACGUUGAUGUAGUUCGUGGUGAUUUAGACUUUGAUCAUGCGCAGACGAUGCCUUCAUUAAUAGCCGAGCAAGGUGCUUCUGCAAGAGAACUCGGAAUCAAUCUUGUCAGCAUGUCAAGCGAGCCUCCAUCUCUGUACACAAACAAAACACUUAGAAAACAAUCCAGUGUCUCUGCCUUAAUAAAGUGGUCACACGAGAAGAAAGGUGACUUUGACUCCAGCCUGCAUCGCGGAAGGAUUGCACCCCGUGGCGGUGGUGGCUCUGCAAUUAGGCGAAAAGUUUCCAAUCAACAGCAGUCAACAGAAGCCAGUCCCGCAGGACCCUCAAGAGCCGUUCUUGGCCGUACCCAUUCCGCAAACCUUGCUAUAGCAGUGAAAGGCAACAUUGUCUCUUCGAACCACUUGAGCUUUAUUUCAGCUGAAAAAGCCAGUGAAAAGAACCUUGAUGUGGUGCGCUUAAGGUUGCGUGAAGCCCAGCGUAGAAAAGAGAGGCAAGUGCAGAACCUUCGAGAGAACUACCCAUACUUUGACAAGUCUUUGUUCUUUCUGCCAUAUGACAACAGAAUCCGGGUUAUAAUCCGCAAGAUCGUCCAUGCGAGGUAUGUGGCGUUUUCAGACAAAGCUGAGACGAGGCUAUUUAGUGCUUUCAGCUUAAAUAGGUUUAGAAUAUACCUUGGAUCCCAAGCCUAUUUGGAUUGGUUUAUGAUGCUACUGACUCACCUUUCCUGCUAUGUGAUGAUGCUAGAAACACCUCAGCAAAGAACAUUUCAGUACCCACUCACAAAGUAUGUCGAGUACAUUUUUGUCAUCACAACUACAAUUGAAAUUGGUCUGAAGAUUCUUGCCGAUGGGUUUUUCCUAACCCCAACCGCAUUGACAAAAGACUUUGGGGGAGUUUUGCAUGUAUUCAUAUACAUCGUCGGCCUCGUUUACAUCUGCUGGCACCCGGGACAUAUUAGGCCAACCUCUAUGGCCCAAAUUUUACUUGUACUGCGUGCAUUAAGACCUCUUAGAAUUAUAACACUUUCGCCACCUUUACGAAAUGUUGUUCAAAUUUUCGUACGAGGUUACAAAGACAUUCUCAAAGUUGCUGUGUUGCAGCUUUUGCUCAUGUUUGUAUUUGCUAAUUACGGUGUUCAAAUGUUCCAAGGCCGUUUAGGCCGGUGCACAGAAGCAUCGAUUAAAACAAGAGAUAAGUGCACUGGACUGUGCAAUGUGACUCUUGCAGCUCCGUCUAGCACAAGAGGCCUUAGUGGCCAAGAAGUCUCCGUGACAGUCCCAUGUGUCUGGCAAAACCCGCGCAACUUUAAUUUUGAAACCUUUCCGGAUGCUUUUCUUGCUUUAUUUGAGGUUUUGUCUUUAGAAGGGUGGACUGUCGUUCGCGACAUUAUGGGCAAGCAAAUUGGGCAUUCUGCCAGCUUAUACCUCCAUGCCUAUGUGUUUCUUGCUGGCCUUAUCGGACUAACUUUAUUCAUUGGUGUAGUUGUGAGCAAUUUCAAUGAAAACAAAGGAACAGCCCUGCUCACUGUGGACCAGCGAAGGUGGCAAGAUUUGAAGAAGAGAUUGAAGCUGUCACAGCCUAUACACGUGCCACCACGGCCUGAGAACAGCGAGAAAAAGGCGCGUGUUUAUGACUUUUUGCAAAAAAAGUUUUACCGCUUCACGUAUAUCUUCAUUGUUUUGCUAAAUGGUUGUACAUUGAUGUCUGUGAAUUGGUACCCAACCAGUUUAAAGAAUUUCAAAAAUGACGACAACGACGGUAGCCAUGCUUCGUUUACUGGCAUUGCAAUCGUGUUCACAUACGUCUACCUGAUUGAUCUGAUAAUAAAACUGCAAGCGUAUGGCUUGACUGGCUACUGGCUUAGCUGGCGAAACCGAUUUGAUGCAAUUUUUACGCUUCUUGGUGUAGUCUGGUCCAUCUUUCAGAUAAUUUCCUACUGGCAUGUCAGCUUUCAACCAACAACACUUCGCGGUGGAGUCGCACUGAUUAUUCUCCGCUUAUUCACACUGGUUGGCAAAAUCAACUUCCUGAAAAUGAUUAUGCUGACAUUAACCAUGAGUUUGUUCAAAAGCUUCUACACAAUAUCAGUUUUAUUUGUUUUGAUGAUGUGCUAUGCGCUCGUUGGUGUGAUAAUGUUCGGCUCAGUCCGAUUUGGACUUCAUCUCAAUCGGCACGCGAGUUUCCGAACAAGCUUUUCAGCAAUGUUGCUGUUGUUCAGAAUCACCACGGGUGAAGACUGGAACCUACUCAUGCAUGACUGCAUGGUGAAACCGCCAAAGUGCUCGUUGAAUGAAAAUGACAACUUCUGGGAAACAGACUGUGGAAAUGAGUUCUUUGCGCAGCUGUUUUUCUUUAGCUAUUACAUAAUAAUAACGUACAUCUUCUUGAAUUUAUUCAUUGCCGUUGUCAUUGAGAAUUUUUCGCUUUUCUCCUCGGCCGAUGAAGACAUGUUAAUGUCAGAUACAGAUCUAAAAGCCUUUCAAGAAGUUUGGAACAUUAUCGAUAGGGACUGUGCUGGCAAACUGACCCCGAAAAGAGCUAAACUGGCUUUAGGCCUAAGCAUCGCAAAGCUCAAAUUCAGUGUUACCAAUGACCGAUUUCUGUACAAGCGCAUGUGCGCAGAAAUUGACCGAGUUUGUGGUGGCAAGGAUGUUUCCUAUCAUGACUUGUUGCUAGUUUUGGCAUACAACGAUCCUCGCGUUAAGUUGUCAAGAAAUUUGCAGUUGGAGGAAAGACUUGCGAGGGAGGAUCAACUACGUGCUAUUACGGAGGAGGUUGCUGCGCAGACGAUUGGGCUGUGGUGCUUGAGAAUGUGGCAAGAGAAGCUAAAGAAUAGAAAGAACAAUGGACGACUACAUGCCAAGCAAUCAGUUUCGUCUGCUGUGUCGACGAUCAGCUAUGAUAGUGACGUAAGCGAGGCGGACGACUUGAGUGCUUCGAUGACUUCAGUCGGUUCCUCGUUGAUUGUACCAAGGGUUGGCAUUGAGAAGCGGGUCUCUCCAAAAGCAAAUCCUGCAUCAUUGGAACACAUUCGCAAGACAUCAAGGCAAAAAAGUGAGGACCAUUCUGCGCCAAAGCAGGGUGGACAUUAUUCAGAUGACAGCGAUAUAAGUGAAUGGUGGCUGGAGGAAAUCGCUUCCAAUCUCAAUAAAAAGACGCAGUAUGCAGCUUAUCCAGAUGAUUUUACAGGAAAUUUGGAAACCGAAUGGCGGUUAUUUGCAAAGGAGUCCAAGAAAGAUAUUGCAGACAAAGAGUCAGUUCUUGAAAUUGUUAAUUUGAUGCUGGAAAGCAGAAGAACGCAUUUCACAUGCCUCAGGAGAAGAAGCCCCAUCAUGGAUAACCGUAAAAGAAAGAAGAAAACAUUUGAUUUCGUUGAAGGACAUAAGAGAGAAACAAGAAAAAGUUAUCAAAGUUUUAUCGAAGAAACGGAUAAAGGAAAGGAGACUGACUUUCCGGAGUGGCAUCAUUUCGCUCAGGUGAAAAUGGAGGAAAGCGAUGAGUGUGUGCGAAAAUCUUCUAGGACGCCAGUGCCAAAAAAAACAUUUGAUUUGGUGGACUCAUUUGAUGAAGAUAAAUGGAGAACUAAAAAUUCGACUAAUAUGAAGAAAACCACACAAUUUGAUCCUUCAAAGCUAAGAGAGAUGGUGGAAGUUAAACGCGAACCAAGUGAUGACACUGAUUCAGAUACAUCAGCACCGAGAAAGUCAUCGCGAACUCCUGUUCCAAAGAAAAGCUUUGAUUUAAUCGAUUCUGGAUUUCAAUCCUUUCCAAAUCAAAACCAAAAUUUAUUGGCAACCGAGCCGAUUGCAGAAGUGCCAAAGCAGAAAAAAGGUAAGCAAUUGGUCCAGGUUGAAAAAUCUCCAGCCAUUACUUCUGCUAAGUCUAGCAAUAAGAGAAAACCUUCAAAAGAUGAAACACCAGAAAGAAAAACUGAACUAAAGAAGCCAAGUUCAUCAAACAAGGACAUGUCAAAAUUGAAGGUGAAGGUUGAUUUUAAGUCCAAAAAGGACAGGACAAACCGGAAAAGAAAGGUAGAAGAUGAGCCUGGUCCAGCAUCUCUUCCUCUUGCAUGUGUGGAGCAAGAUGAAUUAUCUCAGAAGAAAAGAAAUUUUGAAGAGAACAUUGAUCAGUCAAUUCUAAUGGAAGCUCUCCAAGCAUUGAAGCAAGAGUCUUAUGAUUAUCCAGCUGCCAAGAGAGCAAAGCCAGCUCAAAGUGAAGAAGCUUCUGAAGUUGCAAAAUCUUCAUAUGCAAGUGAAAGAAAAUAUGGAAGUAGGAAGAAACCUCAAAACUUAGAGCUAGAUUUUGACCAGGGCAAUGUCCAUGCCCCUAUAUUUGACCAGAUGAAACCAGAAGGAGAUUUACAUCCUAGUAAUCCCAAUGAUGAGGCAAACAUUGGGAAUAGUGCAAAGGAUUUUUCAAGUAGCACAACAGAAAGACCAGAUGGUCAUAUCAUACUGAAGGUUGGAGGACUGGCCAGUCCAUCUAAAAUUAAAAAACACAAAAAGAAACACAAACACCAUCAUCAUGAUGCUGAGCCUGUGAAUGAUGGGAUUCAGAGUUUUCCAAUGGAAGGAACAGAUGCAUUGCUAAAUAGCCAGCAAUAUGUGAAUGAUGUAGUAAUUAAAACCGAACCAAACGAGCCUGAUGCAUUCCAGAUACCAAAUGAAACAUUGCAAGAAUGUUAUAGCACUGAUUGGCAGAAUGAUACCAUAUCAGAAAAGAAAAAGAAACACAGAAGUCACAAGAAGAAAAAGAAAGGUUUGUCUUCUGUAAAUGAUGAACCAAAGGAAGUGACAGUUGAAAGCAAGGAUGACUUUAUUGUAAAAAAGAGGAAGAUUUAUAAGAAAAAGAAAGGUGAGAAAAUUUUAGUACGCAUUCAGACUGAGUUUUGGGACAAAAAUGGUGCACUGGUUAAAGUAGAACCUUCAGAAAUUAAAGAAGCCGGAAAUCUGCCCCAGACUAAACCAAAAAAGAAUCAGAAGAAUGAUUUGACUAAAGCCAAUGUGAUAACUCCUAAAGUGAAAAAUAAAGGGUUAGGCCACAGUGAAAAAGUUUCUCAGAAACCACUAGCUGUUGAUCAAGAUUCAGUUUUAAAAGUUGUUCAAGAUAGUGGUCCACUAGAUGUUAUGUCAAAGAAAAAGAAGAAACCAGCAAAGCAAAAACAGACACCAAGAUCGGAUGGAAAAAAGAAGCCAAAAGACGGUGGAGGAGAUGCACAGAAUAUGGCGUCUCCAGUUAAGAAGAAGAAGAAGGAAAGAAAGACACAAACAUUGACAGCAUAUUUACUUUAUUGCCGAAAAUACAGACAAAAAGUUGUAACAGAGAACCCAGAGAUGGGAUUUUCACAAAUCAGCAGAAAGUUGGCACAAAUGUGGAAUGAAGCUCCUGAAAAAGAAAAGGAUAUUUAUAAAAAGCAGCUGGAAGAGCACAGGGCAAAAGUGAAUGCAUCCAUCAGAAAGGAAACCUUGAAGAAGCUGAAAACAACAAUGCAAGCUGGACAGAGCAGCCCAGAAAAGGCACCAAAUAGUGGAUCAAGAAUGUCUUCCAAAGAAUACCAAAUUGCUCCACAGAAGUACAGUGUGACAAAUUUAGAGCCAGUGGACAUGGCUGCACAUUUGCAGCUGUUGGGAGACUCACUUAUGCUGGUGGCAAGUGCAUUGAGGCGUCAGGUUGUCAACAAGACAAGCGAUCUUAAAGUUUAUGGCUCCUUAUCAGUGUUAUUGGAUUCGUGCCUCUGCUCAAUGGCACCCUUGCUUUUUCUCACUUCAAACGUUCCAGAACUCGAUGUUAUUCCAUCUGAUAUGAAGGCCAACAUUUUGGAUAACAUCGCAUAUAUUUUGCCAGGACUGUGAAAAUAACACAAAAAUUGUGAAAAUACACAAAAAUUGUGUUCUCAGAUAUUCUGUAAAUACAGGGUCGCUUGCAUCCUUUAUGAUGUUUUUUGGUAAAUCGAGAUCUUCUUCGGUUGUUAUUUAACUUGAUUAUUUUACCUCGAUUGCUAAGUUUUUUAUAAGUUGGAUUGAUGGAUAUUGGUCGAUAUUAGUUAUCAAGAUCAGAAAAUUAUAUAUCAUCUGUAUCGGCCUAAAUCAUUCGUUCUAAGAUUGAUCAUAUCUUGCAGAAGUUAAAUUCGAUGUAAAGGAUUUAGAGAGAGUAAGAAGUAAGAAAUAAGAAGUAGUUUGAAGACAGAAA